CCUGGCCUGUACCAAAAAAAAUAUAAAAGACACGAAAAUUCUCGCAACAUGUGAAUUCUCGCAACACGAAAAUUCUCGCAACACAAAAAUUCUCGCAACACGAAAAUUCUCGCAACACGAAAAUUCUCGCAAUACGAAAAUUCUCGCAACACGAAAUUCGCACAAAAUGUCUUCUAAUUUGUAUAAAAUUGAAGAUAAUCAAUCUAUUUCUUGUCAACAAGAAGGAUGCGACUAUAAAUUUCGAAAACCAAAAAAUAAACAUAAAAGCAUCAUGGAACACUAUUUUCGUCGUCAUAAGAAUAUUCACAAACAAUUAAAAUUUAAUACAAAACCAUAUUCAAAACCACCACUACAAGAGCAAAAAAAUCUUGUUUUCUGCGCAACUAAAUCUUUACAGCAACAAAAGAAUCUCGAAAAUAAAAAAUUUGAUUUAGAAAAUUUAAACGGAGAAGGGCAUGAUCUACUAAUUGCACUUGGAAAAACUGAAAGCUUUUGUUUUCAUUAUUUUGUUAACAGAAGAUAUUUUAAUUUCAAAUUUUUAAAAAUAGUCGAAGGAUACACGUUAUCAUUCUUUCUUAACAAUACUUUGUUGGAUUUUACUGAUGAAAUUUUGGAUAAUUUUUCUUACAAUUUUAUUACUUUCAAUAAUCUUGAAAUAUUUAAAAUUGAUGAUGGAUUCUUACUUUUAAAUCCAAACAUAAAAAUUGUAAAAAUUUUUUACAAAAAUUUUCUAAUUUUUGAGACAAACGAAUUUGAUACUUUAUUUAAAAAUUAA